CCUUUUUCUCCCUGUUUUGGCAGCAUGAACGGGAAUUGAACCAGCAGCAAAUGAGAGAUGUGAAAAGGAAGAAUGAAAUGUGUGCACCUGAGAUGAGAAAUCAUAAAGAAAAUACUCAAGAAUUGGAAGUGGAGAGGGAAGACAUGCAGGAAGAGUUGGAGCACGGGGCUACUGCUUUGAAGAAAGGGAGGGAGUACACUCAAGUACUGACUGCUGCCCUGAACAAGAGUGAAAUUGCCCAAGGGUCUCUGAAGAAGCACUUGGACAUCCUGAAGGGAGAGUCUGGUAUCCAGGGAGGCACUGGCAUUGACCUUCAGUCCACUCCAGAGUCCCUGAGCUAUUCCAGUGCUUCUUCCCAUGAAGAGCUCUCCCAGGAGCAAGAUUCGUCCAGCUGGUCUCUGGAGCAGCUGAGCCAGGACUCCUCUGAGGAAUCCUUUGGCCAAGGGCACGCACUGGCCCAGGUGUGCCGAGAGGAGGAGCUGCUGGCCCAGAAGGCUGACCUUGAGGGCCGACUGGCAGCCACGGAGUGGCUCCGACAAGACCUUUCCAGGCAGCUGGCAGAGACCAGGUCAGCAAAGGAGAGCCUGGAAUCCAGGCUGUGUGCUGCUCAGCAGCAGAUAUCUCAGCUGGAGGUGACCAGGGAACAUCUGAAGGCAGAGCUGCAAGCUGAGCUGCAGGCAGCUCGCAGUGAAGUCCAGACAGCGCAGAGGAGGCACGAGGAAGAGCUACAAGGCCUCAAAGAGGAAAUGAAUCUCCUCCUUGAGCAGAGGGAGGCUUUCCAAAAGCAGGUGGGAGAGUUGACAUCUCAGCUGGCAGCCUCCCGAGAGUCCCAGGAAAUGACUGUCCAGAGAGCCCAGCAAGAUGUGAGGGAGGCCCAGGAAGAGUCCAGGCAGAAGCAGUUGGAGGUUGAGCACACCCAGAAGAUGCUGGAGGAGGCAAAACAACAGAACAAGGAGCUGCAAGUGCAUCUGCAGAACUUGGAGAGGGAAUGGAGUCGAUGGGAAGAAGUGGCUCAGCACAAUUCAGAAUUGCAGGCUUCUGUGCAUACUCUAGAGAAGGAAAAAGCCAGGCUGCUUGUGUCUCUGGAGGAGAAGAACCAGUGCUUCCGAAAACUGGAAGAACAGAACCUGGUGCUGAAAAAUCGUGUGUCUCGCUUAUUUUCUGCUCUUAAGCAGGCAGAGCAGCUCUGUUCUGAGCAUAGGAGACAAAUGCAGGAGCUCAACACCCAGAUGCAGGCCAUGCUGCUGGCAGAGAUAGAGAAGACAGCUCAGCAGGCAACUGAAGAGAAGCAGCUGCUGGAAACUGAGGUGUCUGAGCUGCGUGUGAGGCUCCAGAGCUCUGAGGAAAGAGCAGAGGCCAUGGCCACACAGUGUAAGGCCAUGGAGCUGGGGCUGAGGAAGACACAGGCUCAGAGGGACAAUCUCAGAGCCUACAAUCAGGAGCUGCUGAAACAGCUGGAGCACAUUGAGCAAGAUUGGUGGAAGACACAACUCAAGCACAUUUCUCGAGAAAAUGCCCUGGAGAAAGAGGCCACUGAAAGACAGGAAGAGGCUGUGACUCUUCGUCAGGAGGUGGCAUCUCUGAAGAGGAAAUUGGAGAACCUGGAGAAGGAAAGGAAGGAUGUGCUGGUGGAACCUGAAAGGAGAAGAAUCAGAACUUUUAGGAGAGUGUUCCUCCCAGACUACAUUACGUUUCCUGUCCACGAGUCUGCCCAUCAAAAUCGGUCAACUUUUGAAAUGGAAGAGUCCUCCAGCAGCUAUGGGGAGCAACAGCCCUCCUGCUGACGCACAGCCUGUGGAGAAAGGGGUGUCCCUCUGCAGGCACAGCUGGCCCAAGACCGACAGGACCACCUGGAGAGCUGUGCAGGCAGCAGGCAGGAGACACGAGGUGCAGAAAGGACCUCCUUGCUUCCUGAAUGUCUCAGAGGAGGCAGGCUGCAGCUGGAUGCAGGCUUAGAUUUAGUCAGUAGUUUAUCUUUAAAGGAUAGCAUAGAUGCAGUUGAACCUUUACAAAACUCUGUUCCAUAGGAUGUAAGAUAUAUUUAUAGAAAAAUAAAGAGUUUAUUAUGAUCAUG